AUGGCGGGCCGAGUCCCGGGGCUGCCGCCAGGCCAAGACCCGAGGCCAGCCUCCUCCUCGUCCUCCUCCUCCUCCUCCUCUUCCUCCCGGCCCUGCCUUCCUCCGCGCUGGCAAAGCCAUUUCCUGAGCCGGCGGCAGCUGCCCCGUCCCGCCAUAAACUCCAGCUCGCUCCGGCUGCCAGCUGCCGGCCGGCGGCACCCACACCCACAAACCGGGCUGAGCGCCGGGGGGGCAGGAGCGUGGGGGCUGGGGGGCUGGGGGAAGCAGCCUGGCUGGGGGGCUCCGGGCAGCCUUCGGGGCUGGCUGUACCCCCGGCCGGCAGCCCCCCAGUGCUCGGGGCGGUGCGAUGCCGUCCCACGGGAAUGCCUCGUCGCAACUCUGGGGGGCUUGGGGGCACCCCCCCCCGCACGCUCCCACCCGGCUUUGCCCCCACCUCCGCCCCCGGGGCUAUUUGUGGCUGGGCAGCUCCUCGCCCCGCAGCCGGGUCCCCGCUCCCACCGGCCUCUCCUUCCCCUCCCAGGCAUCGACUUCAAAAUCCGGACGGUGGAAAUUGAUGGGAAGAAGAUCAAGCUGCAGGUCUGGGACACGGCGGGGCAGGAGCGCUUCAAAACCAUCACGACAGCCUAUUACCGCGGGGCCGUGGGCAUCAUCCUGGUGUACGACAUCACGGAUGAGAAAUCCUUCGAGAACAUCCAGAACUGGAUGAAGAGCAUCAAGGAGAACGCGUCUGCCGGUGUCGAGCGGCUCCUCAUCGGCAACAAGUGUGACAUGGAGAGCAAGCGCAAAGUGCAGCGGGACGCCGCCGAGAAGCUGGCCAAGGAGCACGGGAUCCGCUUCUUCGAGACCAGCGCCAAGUCCAGCGUGAACGUGGAGGAGGCCUUCAGCACGCUGGCACGGGACAUCCUGCAG